AUGAGCAUUUGGAAUUAUAUGGCGACGGCUCACAAACCGACCGCAGUUACUCAUGCUUGCGUUGGCAGUUUCACCGGCGUUCAGGAAAUUAAUUUGAUCUUGGCGAAAUGCAGUCAAAUAGAGAUCUAUAAACUCUUAUCUCAAGAGAGUCAAGCCUUGAAGGUGGAUCUUCACCAUAUGUUGGACGUGCCAAUAUAUGGUCGAAUUGUCACACUCGAGCUCUUACGUCCAAGAGGAUUAGACCACGAUCUCCUUUUCAUAGCUACAAAAGAAAGACAUAAAUUCUGUCUGAUGGAAUGGGUUGAGGGUGCUGUUAUUACAAGGUCCAUUGGGGAUGCUUCAGCCGCAUAUGCUCAUCAUGCGAGCAUGCCCCAGAUGGGUAUAGUUGAUCCAGACUGUAGAUUAAUUGGAUUUCAUGUGUACAAUCGAAUAUUCAAGUUCGUUCCGCUUGAUGAUAGAGGCCAGCUUCAAGAAGCAUUUGAUAUUGUGUAUCAUGAAGAAAGCGAAGAUGUUUUCCUAAGUUUUAAACCAUAUGCUAUUUCCUUGUCCAAGUUUGAUGUUCUUGACAGAGAUGCCAAUGAGGUUUGUAAUGUGGAAACAUAUGUGAUCGAUUUGAACAGUAAAACUUUGGUUGCGGGUCCAUGGUAUCAGGAACGUAUUUACAAUUCGCCAUUUCCAUGGACUGAUAUAGCUGGACCUCGAUGGUAUGGAGCAUGUAGUGCUAUUGAGAAAGCAGAAUUUUUGAUUCCAGUUGAGCCGCCUCUUUGUGGUUUCCUAUCUUUCACAAGUGCUUAUGGAAGGUGUGGCAAUUCAGACUACUUAGUAAGUGAUCAUAAUGGGAUUUUGCACCUAAUUGUCAUAGACCACGAUGAAGACAAGGUCAGUGGACUCAGAACUACGGCCCUGGGGGAAACAUCUGUUGCAUCAUCCAUUUCAUAUAUUAAGGAUUCUGCUAUUUUUGUGGGCUCAAGUAAUUGCGAUUCACAGCUGAUAGAGAUUAACCGUGAUCCGGACGCAAAAGGUCCCCAUGUAAAAGUUUAUGAAACGUUUGUCAAUCUGGGGCCAAUUGUGGACUUGUGUGUGGUUAACUACGAGAAUCACCACCAAGUUCAGGUUGUAACUUGCUCAGGAACCUCUAAAGAUGGUUCUUUAUACGUUGUGCGCAAAAGAACCAGAAUAAAUGAGCUGGAUUCUGUAGAGCAUCCAGGAAUCAAACAAAUGUGGUCAUUACAAUCAGCUGCUGAUAAUACACAUGACCUAUUCUUGGUUGUUAGCCAUGCUAACAAGACAUGUAUUUUGAAGAUGAAAUCUGAGGGAAUAAUUGGGGAAACUCAGAUGCAAGGUUUAUCUUCAGACGCUGAGACAUUAUUUUGUCAUUAUGCUAAUUAUGACCAGCUUGUGCAGGUUACCUCAUAUGCAGUUAGAUUGGUUAGUCUGACCACUGGAAAGCUCUGUGACGAGUGGUUACCUUCGGAAGAUUACUUAAUCAAUGUUGGCACAGCCAAUGCCACUCAGGUUUUAUUGGCUAUUGGUUGUAACCGACUGGUCCAUCUAUUAAUUGGAGAUGGCGUGUUGACACAAGGAAAGCAGACUCAGUUGGAUCAUGAUAUUUCAAGUCUGCACAUAACUCCAACUGGUGAUCAAAGUGAUGGUCAACUAGCAGCAGUUGGCACGUGGACAGAUAACAGUGUUAGCAUACUUACACUACCAUCGUUGAAACUUUUGAUGAAGGAACCUUUGGAAGGGGUUCCUCGCUCUGUACUUCUGUGUUCGUUCGAAGGGGUAUCUUACUUGUUAUGUGGUCUUGGGGAAGGGCAUCUUUGGAAUUUUGUGUUGAAUACAAGGAAAGAUGAGUUGGAGUUGGCGGACGGGAAGAGAGUGUCUUUAGGGACCGAGCCCAUUACACUCUGUAUUUUUUCUUCAGAGAAUGCUACACAUGUUUUUGCUGCUUCUUAUAGUCAACAAACCAUCAUUUACAGCAAUAACAGGAAAUUGUUUUACACCAAUGUAUUCUGUAUGAAAGGAGUCAGAAGUGUGUGCCCUUUCAAUCCAGAUUCUUUGUCUAACAGCUUUGCAAUUGCUAAAGAAGAUGAAUUACUCUUUGGGACCAUGGAUAGAAUUCAAAAGCUUUAUACAGACCGUAUCAAACUUGAGGGUGGGCACUGUGCCCGAUGUAUAUGUCAUCAGGAACAGACCCAAACAUUUGUCAUAUGCUCUUCAAGUGCAAAAUAUUGUGGAAUCCACUUGUUAGACGAUCAAUCUUUUGAUAUCAAAUCAUCAAUUAAAUUGGAUAAGUUUGAGACUGGUCAGUCCAUUCUUAGCUGUUCAUUCAGUGGUGACAGUGGGGUGUACUACUGCAUCGGCACUGUAUAUAUUACGGGAGGAGAGGACCAUCCUACCAGGGGUCGGAUAUUAGUUUACGACGUAAACUGUGGAAAGCUGCGUGAAAUAGCUAAUAGGGAAAUGGAAGGGGGUGUUUAUUCCCUCAAGGCAUUUAAAGGGAAACUUCUUGUUGCUGUUAACUACGAUAUUCAUUUUUAUAAGUGGACCCUCAAUAAUCAAGGCUCUCCUAUGUUGACAUUGGAAUGUAUGCACAUACAUGAGAUGGGACGACGUAGAGAACUUGAACCUUUUGUAGAAACUAGAGGAGAUUUCAUUGUUGCCGGUGAUCCGAGCAUAAACAUAUCCCUGCUGACUCACACGACAAGAUAUCCUGAUAGAUCUUCUCUAACGCAGCCUGAGUGUGCUCUCGAGAUGCAAACUCAUAGGUUCUCUCAUUUUGGAACGUCAGCUUUUGGAAUGCUAGGCGAUGACAUAUACGUCUUUGCUGACAAAAAUUUAAACCUCUUCAGUGUACGUAAAGGAAGUGAACUUGUGCCAGUACUUGUAGGACGUUACCGUGAUAGACGACAUCAAGUUGUAACCGACGCGACGCCAAGAAGGUUUCGUCUUGAGAUGGUCGGCAGAUACUACUUUGGCGACGUUAUCAAUCGAUUCAGGCACGGUUCAUUCCUUACGACAUUCCCCGAUUCUGAUGUAAGCCAGAUUCCAACCCUCGUAUUCGGUACUGUGAGUGGGGCCAUUGGGGUCAUGGCUUCUCUGUCAGAGGACAAGUAUAUCUUGUUGGACAAGCUCCAAACAAAUUUGAGGGAAGUGAAAAGGGGUGCCACCUGGCUCAGCCAUAAGGAGUGGAGAUUUUUUUCCCCCACGGCUGGAGACUUUCGUGCUACCAAUUUCUUGGAUGGUGAUUUUAUAGCGUUGUUCCUCCAACUCGAGAAGAAUCAGAUGGAGAAGAUUUCAAAGGCGGUGGAAGUUCCGGUGGAGGAACUGAAGAAAAUAGUACAAGACUUGUCUAGGUUAUAUUCUUGAACUUCAUCACUUAGUUUUCCCUACCUUUCAUCCCUUUUGAGUUUGGUAUAUGAAUGGGACGAAAUCAGAUACUUGAACUGCAUUACCACAGAAUUUCGCUGUUAUAGUUUCUGAUGUAAAUAAUAUUCAGAUGAUAGUGUUAAAAAAAUAAAUAUAGAAUUUACAACU